UAUUCGGAGAGAGUGAAGAUCAGUGCGCGCGCAGUGCGGAGCUCAAAACAUGAGUGUUGUUGCAUUGAUCAGCAAUGCUCUUGCAUGGUGCAUUAGAUGCAUACAGGUGUGAUUUCAUAUCGAUCAUGUGUGUGAUGCGCUCGGAUGUCUCCUCGCGGUGGAAAGUGUCUUCAUGAGUGUCCAAAGUAACAGUAACAGCAGUGGAAGUUUGGACGGAGCGCCAUCUUGCCCUCAUCUCGCGACUGGCUCUCCGACCCCGGGCGCAGAUUCUUUGCUCGAUAUCUCGGCUCCGCCGAGACAGAAAGAAGGUAUGGAUGAACUCCAUUCUCUGGAUCCACGCAGGCAGGAGCUUUUGGAAGCGCGUUUCAUUGGUGCAGUUAGUGGAAACACAGGAGGAAGCACUGGGAGUGCCAGCGGUGGAGCUAAAAACUCGGACAUAAAGAAGGGAGGAUCACCUGCAUAUUCAACUCCGGAAAAGAAGCACUCAGAGUCAUCCAGGGGAAGGAAGAGGAAAGUUGAUAACCAGUCAGAGAGCAGUCAAGGAAAGUCUUCCGGCCGAGGGCCCAAGAUCAGCGAUUAUUUUGAUUUCCAAGGUGGAAACGGAUCAAGUCCGGUCAGGGGUCUUCCUCCGGUCCUGCGCUCUCCACAGAACUCUCACUCUGCACCCGGGUCCAUUGUGAGACAGAACAGCUCGUCACCUACCAGCCUGUGUUUCACAGAUCACACGAUGAACCUGAAACAGUUGAGCAGCAGAAGUGUACAGACGGAUCUGACACUGUUGAAGCUGGCUGCACUUGAGAGCAAUAAGAAUCUUGACCUUGAGAAGAAAGAGGGUAGAAUAGAUGAUCUGCUCAGGGCAAACUGUGACCUCCGUAGACAGAUAGACGAACAGCAGAAACUGCUGGAACGUUUCAAGGAGCGUCUAAACAAAUGCACUACCAUGAGUAAAAAACUGCUAAUUGAGAAGAGCACUCAAGAGAAGCAGUCGUGCCGUGAGAAGAGCAUGCAGGACCGACUGCGUCUGGGACACUUUACGACAGUCCGGCAUGGAGCGUCUUACUCGGAGCAGUGGACAGAUGGAUAUGCCUUCCAGAACCUGGUCAAGCAGCAGGAGUGGAUUAACCAGCAAAGGGAAGAAAUCGAGAGGCAGCGGAAACUUCUAGCAAAACGCAAACCUCCCAGCACGCCCUCCUCUCAGAGCCCCAGCCCCAACGAGUCCAAACAGAGAAAGACCAAAGCCGUCAACGGAGCUGACAACGACCCCUUCCUCAAACCGAGUCUACCUUCACUGUUGACUGUGGCAGAGUAUCAUGAGCAGGAAGAAAUCUUCAAACUGAGACUGGGGCAUCUCAAAAAGGAGGAGGCUGAGAUCCAAGCAGAGCUGGAACGGUUGGAGCGUGUGAGAAAUCUGCACAUUCGAGAACUCAAAAGAAUCAACAACGAAGACAGCUCUCAGUUCAAAGACCAUCCAACUCUAAAUGAAAGAUAUCUCCUGUUACACUUGCUGGGACGAGGGGGUUUCAGUGAAGUUUAUAAGGCAUUUGAUCUGUUUGAGCAGCGAUAUGCUGCUGUGAAAAUCCACCAGCUCAACAAGAACUGGAGAGAAGAGAAGAAAGAAAACUAUCACAAACAUGCCUGUAGAGAAUACAGAAUCCACAAGCAACUGGACCAUCCCAGAAUAGUCAAACUCUACGACUACUUUUCCCUGGACACUGACACAUUCUGUACUGUUCUGGAGUUCUGUGAGGGGAAUGAUCUGGAUUUCUAUCUCAAACAACACAAGCUGAUGUCUGAGAAAGAGGCUCGCUCCAUCAUCAUGCAGAUAGUGAACGCCCUCCGAUACCUCAAUGAAAUUAAACCACCCAUUAUUCACUACGACCUGAAACCAGGUAACAUCCUGCUGGUGGAUGGAACAGCGUGUGGCGAGAUAAAGAUCACAGACUUUGGUCUAUCUAAAAUAAUGGAUGAUGACAGUUAUGGAGUGGACGGAAUGGAUCUGACCUCACAGGGAGCCGGAACAUACUGGUAUUUGCCACCAGAGUGUUUUGUCGUUGGUAAAGAGCCUCCAAAGAUCUCUAAUAAAGUAGACGUUUGGUCCGUGGGUGUCAUUUUUUUCCAGUGCCUGUAUGGGCGAAAGCCGUUUGGUCAUAAUCAGUCCCAGCAAGACAUUCUACAGGAGAACACCAUCCUGAAAGCCACUGAGGUGCAGUUUCCAGCUAAACCUGUGGCCAGCAAUGAGGCAAAGGCGUUCAUCCGCCGCUGUCUGGCUUACAGAAAGGAGGAUCGCUUUGACGUCCACCAACUGGGCAGUGACUCGUACCUCCUUCCCCACAUGCGGCGAUCCAAUUCGUCUGGAAACUUGCAGGGCAUGCCCGCCAGCCCUGCAUCUUCAGGCAUCAUCUCCUACUGAUCUCAUUGGCUGAUCGAUUAUGAGUGAUGGCUCUAAUGAAGAUUUCCCUCCCAUCACCACCUUUGAGUGGAUUCAAAGGGGGAGGGGCUAAGAAUCGGCUUGCAAGCAGAAGGACACGCCCACACCAGCCACAGUGACUGCCCUUGUCAUCAGGGCAGGAAUGGCUGAUGUCAUUUCCUGUGUGGAUCCAGAUGUCAGUCAGCGAUAGACCCAUUUGAAAAUGGACAUUUGUUUUCUACCCAAGGCAUAUUGUGGAGUAGAUUUGGAAUGGUUGGAGGGGAUUGACUUUUUCCGUUUUAGCUCCUUGUUGAUGUCCUCCCCGAGCUACGCCUCUAGAAAGGGGUGUUUUGUGUAAGUGUGACAAUUAGAGGUGAUUAAUUGUAGUGUGCUUGGAAAUAGAUGAAUGAGUGUUUAAAUGUGACACGAUGUUGUCUGUGCGUGCCUGUGAAUGGAUGUUUUACGCCGCAAAGUUAUACGUGUAAUGGGCACAGAAUUACAAAGUGUGUGUGUUACAAAAAUGGUGUCUAUUUUAGUUCAAAGUAACAGUGUCAAUGUGUGUUUAAAUGGGCUUAAUAAUGCCAGGUCACAAUUCAAACCAAGAUAAUAAAUGCAAUGUAUGUUUUGCAUAAAGCUUUUAGGACCAUUAUGUAUUUUUUUUUUGCAUUCUGCCAUUUUUUUUCAUGACUAUUAAGCACAUUUACCACCUUAAUUCCCCUGAUGCGUUCAAAUGUUUUACUUUUUAGUUUUUUGUAAAUGUCAUUUAUUCUCAAUGGUGAUUUUUUUUUUUUUUUUUUUUUUUUUUUUUUUUGCUUUUAUCAACAGAGAGACAGUACAACAAUUACAUUUUACAAUUUAAAUAUAUUUUCCCACGUUAGUGAAUUUUUUUUUAUCAUGGUAAUGAAAAUUGGGUGGAAAAUUUUGCUUAAUUGUCAUAAAAAUGAUGACAAAAAUAUGCUUUAAGCAAAAUGUAAUUUUGCAUUUUAAUUAGUUUGAUUUUGGAGUGAAAUCUGACCUGGACAUGUUAUUUUAAGAGUAGGAGGAUAAAUAAAAUGUAGGUGGAGAUGGAGUUGCGAAUGAACUCAAUAGCCCUCCUAUAAAAUGUUAAAAAAAUUUAUGAGUACAUUUAUGAAUCCAACCUGUGCUGGGUUUCUUAUACACAGUUCUUUGUAGCUUUUUUUUUAAUUUUUUAUUUUUUGGUCUGACACAAUGUCACAGCUACAUGAUGUUGCUUUUAGACAGCUAGUCUUUUUUUGUUUACAUCUAUAGUAUAAUUAAAUUAAGAAUCAGACCAAAUAAACAUUUAAUUUGCCAGGAAAUCACAGCAUGGAAAAACUACAUUUUGUUGAAUGAAGUGUGUUGUGAGCCCGUGUGUGUGAGAUGUGAUUCACGGAACAGACGGAAGGUGGGCCGGACCCCACCCAUGAUAAUUUAACCCCUUAAUGCCCAGACCCCGUGCUGUCGUGUUGUUUAGCAAUCCUUGCUGAUCCCAGAGCCCAAGUCAGCUCAGCCACUCCGGACUGUACCGUGAUCAGACUGUCCAAGCUUCCAGAGUCCGUUUUCAGGGGAAGAGUCUCUGCUUUUGUUGUUCCCUCUCUCCAAAUACUCUUUAAACCCCAGAUACAUGGUGAUCUGUCUUUAAAGUGCUGCUGCGAUUGUAGAGAAUGUAGCCAAAAGAGAAAUAAACAUUUUGAAAGUACUGAUA